GGAAAAUUGAAAGUCCAGAUAAACAAAUAAAUACAUACAACGCCACUCCGCUCCGAUGGCAUGUAUAUCUAACUCAUAACAAUAGAAACAUCCCUUGCUCUCAAUAGCUAUAAUUUCCCAAACAAAAUAUAGUAAGUUUUUAAUUGAAGGCAUGGUUUUACAGCAGACAAUUUGAUAUACACCCUCUUCGUCCGCCAGUCGUCCCCGCAAACCGCAAAUCAACCGCAAACCAAGCACUGGUUACCCCUCUAUUUUCCUAAAGUGCGCCCCUGUUUAUCCACCAUUUUGUGCCCGCCUGGCUUCUGCUAGCCAAUAUGGUUCUCGACUAUAGCAAAUGGGAUGCCCUCGAGCUCUCUGAUGACUCCGAUAUCGAGGUGCAUCCCAACGUCGACAAACGGUCUUUCAUUCGCGCGAAACAGAAUCAGAUCCACCAACAGCGCAUUCAGCGCCACCAGGAAAUCGAAAGCCUGAAAUACUCCCGUAUUAUAAACGAUGGACUGUUAAAACGCAUUGAUGCUCUGAUAACCUCACUCAAGAGCCAUGAAGACAGCUCCAGGAACCCAGAUGAGCUUAUUUUCCAGGCCCUAAUCGAGUCUGCUGGCGACCCUAACGAAGAUACUCCCCCGCCAGCUCCUGAAGGUGUAUUUACGCAGGAAAAGGAACAGCCCAAGUACUCGCAGAUGAUGGGGUCAUUGGUGGACCAGGUCAAGAAAGAGCUGGAUGAAUCCAAAACGGAAAAUCGGUUCCAGGACUACAUAAAAGGUGUGGAGGGGCAUAAGAAUAAAGUCUUGGACCUACAACAGCAGUUAUUGGAGAAGCUCGCUGAGUUGGAGAAAGAGGAGUCCAGAAAAAUUACCAGCGAAAGCAUACGUACCGGCUUUGACAGCAGCUUUGUUAACAAGUCGAAACCCAAAGCUACGGAAUCUGAGGAGAAGAAAACGGGAGCUACUACUUCGGUUGAGCUGCUGAAUCCAGGUGCAGCCAAGAGCACAAAUGAGGCAGACGUAGUCUCCUCUGGAGCUGAAGCUGAUGUUGAAGACGAGGGAGAUGAAGAUAACAUUAAGGUCACCCCGCUGGCUAAGCGAUUUGCCAAAUUCAAAAUCGGCGACUACAGCGGUUGUCUGCAAUUCAUCGCUGAUCACCCGGAGAUUCUGACGGAGCGCAAGACGGAUGAACUACUUAUGGAAGGCUUCGACGCCCAGCUAUCCGGGAAUGAAGAGUAUGCCCGCCAAUGUGUGCAUCAAGGCUUACUGCUUCAAUACUGUCGCUCUCUUGGCCGUGACGGCGUAGGCCUCUUCUUCAAGCGCAUAACCACAAAGGACCACAAAGCCUCCGUCCUCUUCUACAACGACGUAAACGAAACAUACGGCAAGAUGAAAACGCGCGCCGCAGAGCUCGCCAAGAACGCCACCGGCGGCCCUACAGAGGUUGAACAAAUCCAGCUCCACGCCGUCGAUCCGAAUACGAAACUCAACAUCAAAAUCCCCUCGCCCGAAGACACGGAUGCCGACUCGGUUGCGGCGAUGGAGAUCUUCAAAACCUUCCCGCCCGGCCUGCAGCGGGCGCUUCAAUCCGAGAGCCUGGAUGAAGUUAAUAAGGUUCUUGGGAAAAUGAGUGUGGAGGAGGCAGAGGAGAUUGUGGAAAAGUUGGGGAAUAGUGGGAUUUUGACGAUGGAGGAAGGGAUUGUGGAUGCGACGACGGAGGAGGGGAGGAAGUGGUUGAAUGAGAUGGAAGGGCAGAAGGGGAAGGGAGAGGAGGAGGAGAAGGGAGAGGAAGGGAAGGAGGGAGAGGAGGGAGAGAAGGGAGAGGAAGAGAAGAAAGAAGCUGUUGGGGAUCCUGAGUGAAUAGGAAGAUUGUUUCGGUGUACAUUUGAGGGGGCGUGGGUUUUUUUUACUUUUUUUUUUUUUUUUUUUUUUGCGGAUGAACCAUGGAGUGCCAGGGAGUGAUAAUUACUAAUCUACUGUGAGAAGUUCGUUCUAUCUACUGUCUAUGAAAAAAAGCCAAGGUGAGGGGGAGGGAGUUAUCUGAUUUUUGGCAUUCUUUUACAUACCGAACAGCUAACUAACUCAUGAACUCAUUCAGAAUGCAUGCAGCUGACAACUAACUUGAAGCAAAGCACAAAGGUCUCACUCACUCUACCAAGAAGGAACAAUAAUGAAAGUGAAAAAAAUCAAUGAGGUUAAAUAGUGUUACAUCCCACACCAGGAGUCAUUUACAAUUUUUCGAAGCCCUGUUCUUUUGUUUCUCCUUCCCAUUUGAUAACCAUGAUCACAUCUUACUCUUAAUGCCCCUGACAAUGUAAUGUAUGUACAUGUACAGUACAUUAACUAUGACCACACCUUUCACUGUUGUAUGCUGUAUAAAACAAGUGCCAUAAAACUUGAAAAUGAAACAACAAAUAUUGGGCGAAAAAAAUAGUAGAGGAGCUUGGAUACUAUAGUAUAGUGUCAGCCAAGAUUUACUUUGUCAUGGAUGACUUCU